AUGCCCAUCGCCAUGACGUCCACGAGCCCCCACGUCACAACCCAACUGCGCCAGCUCAUCUAUUACCAUUUGGAUAACGACUUGCUGCCAAACGCCCUUUUCCUCGCCGAGCGUUUACAUGGCUGCGACCCGCGCGGUCCGGACGCUGCGCACCUGCUGGCGCUGUGCCACUUCCGCCUCGGCCGCCUGAAGGCUGCCUACGAUUAUUCGCGCGAGAAGGGUUUGCGCGGCCAACACUUGGGAUGCGCCUACGUCUUCGCGCAAGCGUGUUUGGGGCUUGAACGGUACGGGGAAGGAAUCAUGAGCUUGGAUCGCGCAAGAGGCUUGUGGGGCGGACGGAAUCACUGGAAUAAGCAUUCAGAAACGUCCAGGCGCAAUCUUCCCGAUGCCGCAGCGGUGAACUGCCUCUUAGGCAAGCUCUGGCGCGCAUACGGAGAUACUACCAAGGCAAUCGGUUGUUAUAUCGAGGCGCUGAAACUGAACCCAUUCAUGUGGGACGCAUUUCUCGACCUUUGUGAUACCGGUGCUGUGGUGAAGACUUCCAACAUUUUCAAGAUGACCCCGGAGAUGUCGGCAAUGAUGUCGACUUCAAUUUCUUCAAAUAAUACCGGUGCUCCCCCGGAUUCACCGCCCGCUGGAAAUCCGUCUGUACAAACGGCGCAAAACGGGCUCUUCACCCCAGAUCCGUUCAACUCCGUGUCCCGGCCUGGAGAGCCUGGAUUAAAACUUGGAGGCGGAAAUCUCUUUUCAAGACUCAACGGAGGCCACAAUGCCAACGCCUCUUCCUCGAUUGAUACGGAGACUCCGGUGCCAAAUGGAGGCUCACAUGAUGAAGAUGUCAUGAUGGGCGAAGCUGGCGGUGUUAGCAGAGCUCCAAGCGCAGAACCGCCGCAUGCGCCUCCACGAAAAGCUCGACAGGUGCCUUCAGUUGCGGAUUCUGGAGUCGAUGUGCCCCGGAUGAAAGCGAUAACGGCUAGAGGUCGCGGAAAAUCCGGAUCGGAAGCUAGAGAUGAGGUGGAUCCGAUCAAGGCCCCAACCGGCGCUCAGAAGCGCACGAUCUCGGGCAACAUGCCGCAAUCGGCUGUUUCAAGUAAUCCGGCUUCUCAACCACGACGUAGCCACAGGCUUAUGCAGUCCGUGCAAGACCAUAUACGGCCGUCAAAAAGCUCGACUCUGCCCUCGGAGAGAAGAGAGGCAGAGGCGAGGGAAAGGCAGACGAGAGAAUUGAGGAGAGCAAGGCUGCCAACCACGUCUAAAGGGACGAGGUCCGGCACGGCAUCCGGAGUCGGCAGAGUGAUUAGUGGAAAUCGAAAGGCAGUGGACAUUUCUGAUCGCGAGCAGGAAAAGACCAGACCCCCGAGCGUAAUGGGUGGCAGCACGGCGACCACACAGAAACCGGCAUCUCUAGCGUCAGCAGCGGCCGCUGAGGCAGCACGCGAGCGCGAAGCCUUGCAGUGGCUAUUGGACCUGUUCGGAAAACUUGGCAGUGGCUACUAUUAUCUGAGCCGCUAUUCUCUGAUCCCGGCUCUCCAGACCUUCACAUCUCUUCCUGCGCAGCACAGAGAUACACCAUGGGUUCUUGCGCAGAUUGGGCGUGCUCACUACGAAAAAGCCGCCUACGCUGAAUCCUGUGAUAUCUUCAGCAAAAUAAAAUUGCUUGCACCAUCACGGAUGGAAGACAUGGAGGUAUACAGCACUGUUCUCUGGCAUUUAAAGCGCGACACCGACCUUGCGCACUUAGCGCACGAACUCAUAGAAGCAGACCGUCUUUGUCCCCAAGCCUGGUGUGCCAUCGGCAACAGCUUUAGCUUGCAGCGAGAUCAUGAUCAGGCUAUUCGUUGCUUCAAACGCGCAACGCAAUUGAACCCCGAUUUUGCUUACGCAUACACACUCCAGGGACACGAGCAUAUUGCGAAUGAAGAAUUUGACAAGGCACUCUUGGCCUACAGGCACGCUGUUGCAGCUGAUUCCAGACAUUACAAUGGCUGGUACGGCCUUGGACGCGUCUACGAGAGGCUGGGCAAGUACGACAUUGCUGAGAAGCACUACAAAGCCGCAGCGCAAAUCAACCCGACGAACGCCGUUCUCAUUGUAUGCGUGGGCGUGGUUCUCGAAAAGAGCCGCAAGGCAGCAGCUGCAUUACGACAGUACGGCAUUGCAUGCGAACUGGACCCGCGCAGUGCGUUGGCGAGGUUCAAGAAGGCGAGAGCACUCAUGAAUCUAAGGCGGCCGAGAGAAGCUCUGACCGAAUUGGAAAUUUUGAAAGACUUGGCGCCAGACGAGGCAAACGUGCAUUUUAUGCUGGGCCGCUUAUACAAGAUGAUGAGGGACAAGACGAGCGCGAUCAGGCAUUUCACUAUCGCGCUCAAUUUGGAUCCGAAGGCCGCUCAAUACAUCAAAGAAGCAAUGGAGACAUUGGAAGAUGAAGAUGAGCUCUCCGAAGAUGACUGA